CAUCCCUGUGUUCUUGGGUUCGAACGAAAUCACUGAUAAUUUAGAUGUGAAAUUUUUUUGGAAGGAUUUGCUAAACCAUGUUCUAUGAAUUCACCAAGCUUUGAGAUUUACUUGUUUUAUAUAUAUUAUUAUUAGACGGAAUCAUCACAAAAAGGCACUGGAUCGGUUGACACUGUUGAAUGUUGAUAGUUCAAGCUUUGACAUGGAAAUGUUUUGAUGGGUUGUCUGUCUGUCUUCUGAUACGUAUAAUCUUUUGCUUAGUUUUUUGUCAAAGAGAAUAAGAUCAAAGUUGAAGAAGGAGGAGGGUGCCACAAGCAAUGGUUUUACUACCUCAAAGCCUCUGAGUACAUUACUUCCAUUGUCAUGGAUUCACAGGAGAACCAACAAUCCAUUAACCAACCACAACCCCAUCCAACUCACUCCUUCAACUUCAAAUUGAAAUCAUCUGUAUUCUACGUCUCCUCCAUCCUAAUUCUCGUCCUCGCCGUCUCAUUCAGUUUCACCACAACAAACUUCCUAAAAACCCAACACCUAAAGUACACAUUCUCAUUACAUCCAACCUUGUUUCAAACUCUUCUGGAGUUUAUUCACCCUUCCAAGAAAACCAUACAAACCCAAGAGCCUGAACCCAUUUCGCUUCCCCUCAACUGUGUCCUGUGGAUGGCUCCUUUUCUCUCGGGUGGUGGGUACAGUUCAGAAGGUUGGUCGUAUAUUUUAGCACUCUAUGAACAGAAUAGAACCCGCAGUUUUAGAAUGGCCAUUGAGCAACAUGGUGAUCUAGAGUCCUUUGAGUUCUGGGAGGGAUUGCCUAAAUAUAUGAAAGAUUUGGCAAUUGAGCUUUACCACACAAAAUGUAAUAUGAAAGAGACGAUAGUCAUAUGUCACAGCGAGCCUGGUGCAUGGAACCCUCCAUUGUUUGAAACUCUCCCUUGCCCACCAACUGCUUAUGAAAACUUCAAGUCUGUGAUUGGUCGGACCAUGUUUGAAACUGAUAGGGUGAGUCUCGAGCAUGUAAAGCGCUGUAACAAAAUGGAUUAUGUGUGGGUUCCUACUGAGUUUCAUGUAUCUACAUUCAUAGAAAGUGGGGUUGAUCCAUCUAAGGUGGUCAAAAUUGUGCAGCCUAUUGAUGUGAAGUUCUUUGAUCCAGUUGAGUAUGAGCCAUUAAAUCUUGCUUCUAUAGGGAAAUUGGUCAUGGGGAAGACAACACGUAACUCAAGAUUUGUGUUUAUGAGCAUUUUUAAGUGGGAAUAUAGGAAAGGAUGGGAUGUGUUGCUGAAAUCAUAUUUGGAAGAAUACACUGCAGCAGACAGGGUUACUUUAUAUCUUUUAACAAAUCCAUAUCACUCGGAUAAAGAUUUUAGCAAUAAGAUAGUGGAGUUUGUGCAGAAAGCUGGAAUAGAAAAGCCAGCGACUGGUUGGGCUUCAGUUUAUGUGAUUGACACUCAUGUAGCCCAAUCUGAUUUGCCUCGAAUAUACAAGGCAGCUGAUGCAUUUGUUCUUCCGUCAAGAGGGGAAGGGUGGGGAAGGCCUAUUGUAGAAGCUAUGGCAAUGUCGUUGCCAGUGAUUGCCACAAAUUGGUCGGGACCAACAGAGUAUUUGACCGAAGAGAAUAGCUAUCCAUUGAUAGUGGAUGGGAUGAGUGAAGUAAUGGAAGGGCCUUUCAAAGGACAUCUCUGGGCAGAACCUUCUGUUACUAAGCUUCGGGUGCUAAUGAGGCAUGUAAUGGAUAAUGUCGACGAAGCCAAGGCCAAAGGAAGAAGAGCAAGGGAAGACAUGAUCACCAAGUUUGCUCCGGAGAUUGUUGCAGAUAUUGUUAUCAAACAUGUACAAAACAUAUUUAAAAAGAUGGAUUAAUAGUUCCACCGGUUGUUUUUAAA